UGUUCUUUUAUUAAUGCGUCAUGUUAUAUUUCUAUCAAACAAAUUAGAUGUAAAAUUCUUGAUAAGUACAACAACGUAAAUUAACAAAAUAAGUUUUGAAUGUUAGACAUAGGUUAAAAAUUAUUAAUAUUCAUUUACAAUGCCAGUUCAAUCUAAUCUAUCAAAGUGAUAACAUACCCGUAACGUUCUAACCUAUUUUAAAAGGAUACAUACAGUCGCGAGAUUUAAUGAGUCCUUUAGAAAUAUAAUUUCUAUAUAAUUAAUAUAUAAUUUUUCAUUACAACGAAGUGUUACUCGUAACAGUUAAAAAGCGAUUGAUCAAAAUCAAUGUCCAUUCGUUGUAUUUUAUCGUUCGAUCAUUUCGCUUAAUAGUCGCGUUGUGCUUCGGAAAGGAAGAAGAAGAAGAAGAAGAAGAAGAAGAAGAAGAAGAAGAAGAAAUAAAACAAGGAAAAAAGGGAAAAAAAGAUAAUACUUAUCUCGUUAAUACGAUCUACGUAUAAAAUUAAAAGUGAUAAUCAUUGUUGUAUCAUAUCAUUAAUGUAGUUAUACAUAAAUCACAUCAUUUCUCAAGAUAUAAGAUUAACGAGCUAUAUUCAAACUGAAUAAAUUAGCUACGAUAUUGGAUUCUUACGAAAAAGGAUGGAUACGUUGUGUUACUUUGAAGAAAAUUCAUUAAGAAGGCAGGACUUUCCUCCUCCAGGAUCGCGAGAAAUGGCGUACGGAAUAUCCUUUGAAGCUACUCUCAGCGGCACUGUACUUUUCCUACUGGUACUGCUACAGGCGGCACUGGUGUGGGAGGAGGUACGAGCCGCACCGGCAAAGAGAAACGACAUACUAGCUGGGACGGAGUUCCUUUCUGUCUUCAUAAACGGCGCUAUGGCGCCGGCGCCACAACGGCGACGAGGAUUCCGUCGAGGUGGUCACUCGUCAUCGUCGUCGUCUUCUUUGUCUUUGCCGUCUUCGUCGUCGUUAUCGUCGCCGUUAUCAUCGUCAUCGUCAUCGUCGUCGUCGUCGUCGUCGUCGUCGUCGUCGUCGUUGUCGUCGUCAUCGUCUUCGGCUUCGUCUUCGUCUUCAUCUUCGUCUUCGUCGGGUGACAGCGUUAGCUCAGAGUCACAACACGAAGCUUCGAUAUAUAGAAUCUCGAGGAAUCCAAGUGGCCGAAUAGGUGGCAUCGCUAGAACAUCGCAAAAUUCAUCAGGCGGACGUAAUCCCGACGAGAUCGUUCGUUUUUAUCCAAUAAGCCGUGAAAGAACAUUCGACAAUGGACAACAAAAUUUGGCCUCGCUGAUCGACGAUCUCAGUAUGGCUACGAGCUUCUCGCCGAAAGUUAACAGCAACAACGACAAUAACGAUAAUAAUAAUAAUAAUAGUAGUAAUAAUAAUAAUAAUAAUAAUAAUAACAGUAAUAAUAAUCAUCAAUCGUCCAGGUCGAAUGGUACCAGCAAUGUUAGCAAUCACAGAGGAACUAGCAGACAAAAGGUUAUAGGCGUGAGCGUAACUUCGACGGUCGAGGCUACCCCAUACAAAGUCAGAGUUGAGCAUUACGAUAGCUCUGACGCUGGUAUAAUCACCAGGCCGCCUACUUUCAUUUCGACGCCUAAGAAAAAUUCCGAUAGGUCUACGUCUAGGACUACUUCUUCACGGUCGGUAACCGAGAGAUCUACUUCGCCAACAUCUACGAGUCCAACGCCAAGUAGGACAACUACAACCGUGAUGACACCUUUACCGGCUCGUUUGGUCACCGAGGAACUAACUAAUAUCGUCUCGGAAUCAAAUAGAAGUGAAUUCACCGUCGACGAGAGUUUGCCGAGAACAAGCUGGCGUCAUCGGAGUGGAUCGAUCACUCCAAGAACAACGAGCAAACAUACCUCGGUAUAUGGAUCGUCCGAUAAGCAACGUUUGGAAAGCAGUACUAUAUUGGAUAAUGAUAAUCAAUCUGGUACAGCCGAGGUAACUGAAGAAAAUUACGAACUAUCCGAGGAGAAUUCUGAACCGCAUGAAAUACACGAGGAACCAAUGGAAAUAGAUUCGGAACAAUUACAGCCGCAGGGUAGGAAAGCCGGUAGACAUUACGAGGGUUCUCACUUUAACAGAGCCAAUUUGAAAUACGGCCAAUCGUCGAAAGGUUUCAAAUCGUCCCGACAAUAUAGCAGUGAACCCGCUAAGGUAUACAGCGAACCUUCGAAGGUUUAUGGUGAACCGGAAAAAGUCUAUGGCGAGCCAGCUAAGGUCUAUGGUGAACCAUCGAAGGUUUAUAGCGAACCAGCCAAAGUCUAUAGCGAACCAGCUAAGGUAUACGGAGAACCGGCUAAGGUUUAUGGGGAGCCUGAAAAAAUCUAUGGUGAACCAUCGAAAGUUUAUUCGGAACCAUCGAAGAUCUAUUCCGAACCGGCCAAGGUAUAUUCCCAACCAUCUAAGACCUAUGGCGAACCUAGCAAAUUAUAUGAUUCGGAAGGGCAACCAUUGAUUAGAAGAAACGAACACGUGUCAGGUGAUGAACCUGACGAGGAAAAUUACGAGGUCGAUGAAUCGGUCAGUGUCGGUAGCAAUGGGAAAGCUUAUGGUCCCCAAUUGACGAUAACCGAAGCACCAAAUUCUUCGGACGUUGAAGAUGGUCACAAGGUCGGUUACGUCGAGGAAGGUCGCAAUUAUCACAAGUACAGAGUUGAAGAAAGGACACCCGAUGGUUUCAUCGUUGGUGAAUAUGGCGUCGUCAGUCAUGACGAUGGCUCGCUCAGAGGUGUUAGAUACACCGCUGAUGGUACCAUAGAUCCUAGACUGAUCUACGACGCGCUUAUGAAGUUCCUGGCACUCUGAGAAUCGAAAAGAAAGAUGAUGGAUAUGAAAGAAAAGGGGAAGGCCUUUUUUUUUCCC